UACCCGCAUCUCCACUUGCACAGCGCAGCAACCCACCAGCACCACCACUACACCUACACGAGCGUGCAACCCAGCUCGUCGAGAGCGAGCCAUCGCGUCCAUCAUGCAGGCGGUGACCGGUGCCAUGGGCAGCCUCAUCCCCAAGCUCUGGGGUCUGGUCCAUGCCGAGUACCAGCUGCAGACAGGCACGAAGGAACAAGUCGAGUCUCUCGCGCUGGAUCUUGAGAGCGCGUACGCCGCGCUCCGCAAGGUGGCCUCUGUGCCGCCGGACCAGCUCGACGAGCAGGUCAAGCUCUGGGCGCGCGAAAUCCGGGAGGGGUCCUACGACAUGGAGGACGUCCUGGACACCUUCCUUGUGCAUGUCGAGGGCAGCAAUGAUCCUGCCGACAAGGACAGCGAGCUCAAGCGUCUCAGGAAGAAAAUGACCAGGUUGUUCAAGAAGAUCAAGGCGCGCCAUGACAUCGCCAGUGAAAUUGACAAGAUCAAGAAGCGUCUCCAGGAGGUGAAAGACAGGCAUGCCACAUUCAGCAUCAACGACAUUGUCUCCAAGCGCAUCGCAUCGUCGUCGACAACUGAUCCUCGCCUGGAAGCCAUGUACAAAGAAGUGAAAGAGCUCAUUGGCAUCGACAAGUCAAAGGCCGAUGUCAUAUCCAAGCUGGGGGAUGAUGGCUCCAACAAGGGGAUGAGGAAGAUAGUGUCUAUCGUUGGAGCUGGUGGGUUGGGCAAGACAACUCUUGCUCGAGCGGUGUAUGAUAAGCUCAAACCCCAAUUCGGUUGUGAGGCUUUUGUGCCAGUUGGCCAAAACCCUGACCCAAAGAAAAUCCUCAGAGACAUUCUUAUAGAUCUCGGAUACAUUGAUUUUUCAAAAAUUGCAAUAUUGGACGAAAGGCAACUCAUCAAUGAACUCCGUAGUUUCCUCGGAACAAAGAGGUACUUCAUUGUUAUUGACGAUAUAUGGGAGAAUCUUCAACCACUUACUCAUGAGAAUUCAAGAAAGUUGUUUUAUACAAGGCUAUUUGGUGAAGACAAGUUUCCUGAUAAUGAAUCGAGUGAGGUACACAAGGCAUCUGAAGAAAUUCUAAUGAAAUGUGGUGGUGUACCAUUAGCUAUCAUUACAAUGGCUAGUUUUUUGGCGGGGAAAGCAAGGGAACAAUGGUUUGAGUUGUGCCAUUCUCCUAGUUUUAUCCAUGAUAAAGAUACUAUGUGGAUAUUGUCUCUUAGCUUCAAUGAUCUUCCUCCUCAUCUAAGGACUUGCUUGUUGUAUCUAAGUGCAUUUCCAGAAGAUCAUUUUAUUGCCAAGGAUCAAUUGAUAUGGAAGUGGAUAGCUGAAGGUUUUGUUGAAGAGAAACAAGGUAUGUGGUUGUUUGAUGUUGGAGAGGGAUAUUUUAAUGACCUUGUUAACAGAAGCAUGAUCCAGGCAGAUGAGAAAAAAGAGUGGUCGUUUGAUGGAAUAUGGACAUUGACCCAGGGUUGCCGUGUGCAUGAUAUGGUUCUUGACCUACUCCGUCACGUGUCUCGGGAAGAAAACUUUUUCACUAUAUCAGAUUCAGAUGAGGUUGUAGCAGCCAGCUCAUCAGGAAGCAAGGUACGCAGGUUGGUCGUUCAAAAUAGAACCGAUGAGUACAUAGUUAAUCCCAGGGAUAACAUCCCACAAGUGAGAUCAUUUCUUGCAUUUACGUGUGAUAUUGGAAACAUGAUCUCGUUUCGGGGCUUCAAACUCUUACGUGUGCUAACUUUAGAGGGCCGCAUCGGAUCACCCUCGUGUCACAUCGAUUUGGAGCAUAUCGGAAAAUUAAUUCAUUUGAGGUACCUUGGGCUAAGUCGCAUCGAGACCCUGUUGCCAGAAGCAAUAGGAGAUCUCAAGUUUCUACAGACACUGAACCUGAGGGGAUGUCGCUGGCUAAACCUUCCAUCGAGCAUCAGCCGGCUAACACAGUUGGUAUGCCUACGUGCUGAUGUUGAGAUGCCAAAUGGGGUACUAGGGAAGCUAACGUGCCUAGAAGAGCUAGUGGUAAAACCCAUCAACUAUUAUCCUGACGAGGAUGGCCACAUGCAGUUUGUAAAGGACCUGAGCAACCUGACCCAGCUCAGGGUGCUCAGGACUGGGAUUAUGAGCAUUAAUGACAUCAUUGAAUCAGAUUUGUUGCAGUCCAUAGGAAAACUCCGGAGGAUCCAACGUCUGUCACUGCACAUUUUUGGUGGCAAACCACAAUCAAGCACAUGGUGCGCACAGUUAGUUCUCCCUCGUGGUUUACGUUAUUUGAACUUCUCAGCUCUCCACAUGGAAAUCAUGCCGCCGUGCAUCAAUCCCUCGCAUCUUGUCAACCUCUCCGACUUGAACCUUUUAGUGAAUGGUAUGGAUAGGCAGGAUCUGGAAUCACUCAGCAGGCUGCCACAGCUCCGGCACCUCUGGCUGCAAACAAUGUCGACGGUAACGUUGCCUAAUGUUGCCAGCAAUGGCUGCUUCCAGAUGUUGAGAAGCUGCUGUUUCCCCUGGUCAACGGUUAGGUUCCUGCUGAAUGGGGACUCGAGUGUCUCAUUUACUAUUAGAAUGGGAGAGAUGAUAUGGACUUCGUUUCCGGCAGAAAAGAGGAGGAUGAGGAAAGAGUAG